AAUAUAUAGUGUAAAAUUAUGAACUACAUUUACACAUUUUAUUAUUUCUUUGUUUUGAAGUUUAAAUUUGCAGAAUGUUAGUUCUUGAAGUAUCUUUGAACGUUGUUUAGCAGGAUGUAAUUGUAUUACUCUUAUAUGGUAAAUAAUAGGUAAAUAAUAAUAGGUCUUAUAUGGUAAUUAACUAUUUUUUUUUUCUUUAUUUAAAUUAAGCAAUUUUUUUUUUUUAAUAUUUUGUAUUUGAAAUUUUUUUUAUAACAGAUGUCUUAUUCAGUAGUUAUUUUUAAUAUUGAUAAUGAAGUGGCAACAGUGUCCAGUAAAUGGUUUAAAGAUUCAGGAUGCGUUUUGUGGCCCAACUGUAGAGUAGGGAAGAAAUUGCAAAACAUGUUACUAAACCAUGAAGAGCCAGGUGCUGACUGGAUUUCUUAUGAAGUACGAGUGUUGUCCAGUAACAUCUUAACUCUCAAAUCAGCAAGGGCAAAGGAGCGACUAGCUGAGGAAAAUUCUGAUCUUAGUUCAGCUGAAGAUGGUAGCAGAAUUAUAUAUGCCCCUAGCAGAUUUAACAGUCAAGAAUAUUGUCAACCACCAUCCAAAAUCAGCAAAAUAACUUCAAAUAGCCAUACCACUUCCUAUUUAAACAACCCCUUGAUUCCUCAUGCACCAUCACUAGUUUCUAAUCCAUCUUUAAUUCAAACUUCAGCAUCGUUUUCUAAUGAUGAUCAUAGCAUAUUUAAUACGCAAGAGUUUUUACGACCCUUAGCCAAAAAUAGAAAAUUUAAUUCUAACUGCCAAACCACUUCAUCUAAUAACUAUCCUUCAUUUCCAGAUAAAUCAGCACUAGUUCCUGAUUUUUCAAUUUCAAACUCUGUUCAAACUCCAACACCAAUCUCUACUAAUGUUCCUUGUGCACAUCAUUGUACGCAUGUUGUUACGUGGUUUGAGAAAUUAUUUAAAGAAAUACAACAAAUGCUUGCAGAACAGACUGUGAUAAAUCAUCGUUUAGAUCAACAAUGUCAAAAUGAGCAUCAGCAUGUAGAUAGCAAUUUUUUGAAUUGCCUUCCACUUGAGAGUGAAGUUGAUUUUGAACGAUUCGGUAUAGAGAUAGAUAGUGACAAUGGAAAAAGAACUUCUUUGAUACGUUAUUUGCGGAAGAGGUCAGACUCAAAUGUCAACAAGACCAUACUAAAUAUAUUGAGAAGUUUAUUAAAGGACAAUGUUCUUAGUUGUUAUUCUAGAGAUGGGAAACGCGGAAAAAAAAGUUUUUCUUCAGCAAAGGGAAACUUUGUUUCCAUAAUUCAAGAUGUUGUUUUGAAAGUUCAUAAAGGUGUGUCGUUGGUCCAAAUAAAUGUUGCGAUUUUGGAACAAUUAAAGAGACUCAAUCAAAGAAAUCGAAAUUCUAAGUCUACAACAGCUGAAGAAACUACACCUGAAAUUCCAGAGUUUGAUUAAAAACCAAUUAUUUUAUUAAUUUUAAAAUAAAUUGUUAAAAUAUAAA